AAACGCUCGCCAGUCGCCGUGCCGUCAAGGUCUGUUCGAAAUAGUAUUCUCGAAAAAGUAAAUUUUUCAAAAUAAGCCAAGUGAAAAUGGUGUCGAGUGUAAAGCUUUUCCUGGGCCUCACGGUCCUGGCUACUCUGGCCUCCACGGGGUAUGCCAUCAAGUGCUAUCAGUGCGACUCGAUCACGAAUCCCAAGUGCGGCGCGAAGUUCGAGAAGGACAGUAGCUACCUGCUGGACUGCGCCAAGAUUGCCCCGCCGCGGUUCCUGCAGAACUUCUUCCCAGUUCGCAAUGCCACUGGCUGCCUGAAGAAGGUCUUGGACACGGUGCCCCAACACCCGCAGAUCAUUAGGAGUUGCUACUUCGGAGAUGUCAGCAACACUCAAGUUGGUUGCCAAGACGAUCCCUCGCUGCCCUUCUCCAAGCAGCUGGCCUGCGAUGUCUGCACCAAGGACGAGUGCAACGGAUCCGCCUCCUUGGCCCCGGUGGCCGGUGCCAUCCUGCUUUUCUUCGGCGUCGCCCGUCUGUUGGCCUAAGGAAAUAUUUCGGCAGUGAAUUUUAAACCUUCGUCAACAUCGUAGUUGUUAUGAGCUUUCUGCUUUAAAUGGAUCUAUCUGCUUUAGUCACUUUGGAAUCUCUGUUAAUUGUUGUACACCACCUGUCGUGCCCUUUUUCGCAAUAAAAUCAUUUUAUUUAUUUGAAA